AUGGAUAUCUUGAAGAAGAAUGCUACGCAACUCGUCCAGUCCUUUGCGUCAAACUCGGACAUCGAGGAUGGAGUCAUCACGACUUACGAGGUCAAACGCAACCUUGGGCGUCGCCAUAUCAAUAUGAUUGCGAUAGCUGGCAUGGUCGUAGGUCAAAAGUUCCUCAAGCCCAUCUCUCGUCUCCUUGAACUCACGCACACAAACUACAGGUCACUGGAGGUUUCGUUCCGCCAUGCCAUCAGAUUCGUGCAGCCUGUACUUGGCAUCGCCACUGGAUGGAACUUCUGGUACACCAUGGCAAUCGCAGCGCCAGCUGAGCUGGCCGCUGCGGCAACUUUGAUCAAAUUUUGGGACAACAGUAUCAAUCCUGCCAUUUGGUACUCGGUUUUCAUCGUUAUCAUUGUGAUUAUCAAUUCCUGCGGCGUGAAGGUCUAUGGCGAGAACGAAGUCUUUUUCUCAGCUCUCAAGAUCCUUCUUAUCAUAGGUCUCAUUAUCGCCGGCCUGGUAGUUGACCUCGGAGAAUCUCCUAGUGGAGAUCAAAUCGGCUUUCGAUACUGGAAGCAUCCCGGUCCGUUCAACGAAUUCAUGGUUCCGGGUAAUACGGGCAAGUUUCUUGGGUUUUGGAGCUCCUUGAUUUCCGUGGCUUAUAGCUACGCUAACAUCCAGGUGGUCGCUAUAGCUGGCGCCGAGACAAAGAACCUAAGAGUCAUUAUCCCAAACACGAUACGUAUGACCUUCUGGCCUUCGCUGAUCUUCUAUGUGCAAAAUCCUUUCGUCAUUACGUUCCAGCGCGCUGGUAUCAAUGUCCUGCCCUCGAUCAUCAACGCCUUAGUAUGCACCUCGGCCUUCAGCUGUGGUUCGGCAUGCGUCCUCCUUGCAUCACGUACUCUACACGGUCCAGCAGAGGACGGACAAGCUCCCCGAGUCUUGCUUCGUACCAACAAGUUUGGAACACCAUACUUGGCAAUAGGUGCUUCGCUCAUCUUUACGCCUCUUGUAUACCUCGGUCUAGGGAGCAGCUCUUCGGUAGUGUUGGAAUGGUUUGUCAACAUCACAAACAUUGCUGGGCUUAUUGGGUGGCUUGCCAUUCAGGUUACUUACCUUGGGUUCUACUCUGCUUCGAAAAUCCAAGGUAUCAGCCGAGACCGUCUCGCAUACAAGAGUCCCUUCCAGCCAUAUCUCGCCUGGGUCACUGGAGGCUCCCUCGUCCUUGUCGUCUUAUUCUCCGGACACAGCGUCUUCUUUCCAGGUCACUGGAAUGCAGGCACCUUUCUCACGUAUUACGUCGAUAUUGUUAUCUUCGUCUUUCUAUGGGAUAUUGGUCUCUGCUAUGUGAGGUCUGGAAGUAUUGCUCUGCAAGACGUUGGCCUGACGGAGAUUGCUGAUGUAGACCACGAGAAGGCAGAGGUUGUGAACCUAACGGAACAAGAUAUCUCGUGGUGGAGGAAGUGGAUCCUCUAG